AUGGCUCACUCCAAUUGGCGAUCUGUAUACUUCAUCACUUGGGGGUUGCGGAUUCUCCUCGCUAUUGGAGCGUCAUAUAUCCACCCAGAUGAACAUUUCCAAUCUUUCGAAGUCUUGCUGUCAAGAUUCUUUGGAUUUUCCACCAACAUUCCAUGGGAGUUUUCCAGCGUCAAUCCCGCCAGAAGUUACGUUCCAUUGCUUGUUACAUACUACCCAGUGUUGAAAGUUGCUGAGCUCUUUCAACUUCUGCCUAUCCAGUCGUAUUUCAUUGCUCGUCUUGCGCUUAUGGUGCUAUCUUGGAUAGUUAUAGACUUGUGUCUCUACAAGAUGCUUCCGACCAAGCAAGAGCGUAUCAAGGCCAUUUAUUUUACGCUGACAUCAUACAUAACACAUGUCUACCAAAGCCAUACAUUCUCCAACUCCAUUGAAACGAUCUUGGUUGUAUUAUGUGUUUAUAUGAUCAACGAGUUGCGCUUUCUUUUGAGUACACCAAGUGAAAAAGUCCGCAACACGGAGAUCGCCACACUUGGCCUUGCCAUCGGUGCUUGUGCUAGCUUUGGUAUUUUUAACAGAGUGACAUUUCCUGCCUUUCUUGCCUUGCCGUUUUUCAUUUACGCUAAAUGCGCUUUGACUUGGAUAUGGCUACCCGUUCUUACGUUACUUUCCUUUGUGUUUACAAGUUGUGUCUGUGUUGUGGUGGAUACUCUUAUUUACAAACGUAUCUCACUUCUGAUCUUGGCACAGAAUCCUUUCAACUGGUCGCAAUAUGUAUUGACACCGUUAAACAAUCUAGUGUAUAACUCGAAUUACGCUAAUCUUUCACAGCAUGGAAUUCACCCAUACUACACCCACAUACUCAUUAAUCUUCCUCAGAUCAUGGGUCCAGGUUUAUUGUUCUUGUUUUGGAGAUUUAAAAACAGAUACUAUCAAACAACCCCUUUUCUCAGUGCCGUUGGCGCUCUAAUUGUGCUCUCUUUUGUUCCUCACCAAGAGUUACGGUUUUUGAUUCCUGUGGUACCUCUACUCUGUUGCUGUUUCGAUUUAACAGUGUUCCUGGAAACACCGGGGUCGACUCCGGUACCCGUCACUCUAAUCAUGAACUCGUGGCUUGUCUUCAAUCUAGUUCUUUCCCUUUUAAUGGGCAUAUAUCAUCAGGGCGGUGUUGUACCAGCGUUGUCUUACUUUCAAGAGAGAUUUUAUGCCAAAAAUGAAACAGGAGUCACCCAAAUAUGGUGGCGGACUUACUCUCCUCCAACCUGGUUGCUUGGCGACAUGUCCAAUUCAACACAAUACCUUGAUCUAGCAAAUGCGUUUUCACCAGGAAAUAAACCAAAUACGGUGAUAGAUGCUAUGGGAGCGGAAUACGAAAAAGUUCAAUCAGCACUUGAUUUUGCCAAAAGCGUAAAUCCACAGCAAAGGAUAUUCUUGGUCACACCAGUUGCUUCCUACAAGCAAUUUUUCAAUGCUUCUCUCUUCAAUGAGACAUGGACAUACCCUGCACAUUUGGAUUUAGACCACCUCGACUUUUCCAAAGCGCAAAGCUUACAACUUGGUUUGGGGAUUUACGAGCUUCUUUAA